AUGAAUGGUGAAUUCGUGCCUGUUGAUGGGAACGAUGACAGAGUAGAAACGAAACCCAAGGGCGUAGAGCUGUGCGACUCAGUCCAAUUCCCAGUGCUGGUUGCGCUGGCUUGCACGCCACCAGUUGCUAGCCUCUUCACGAUACCCUUCGUUUCUCAACAUGGACAGCGCGCGGCGUUGGCGCCAGAGCUGGGGUCGGGGAAGGUACCUUUAACAUUGCGGGGGUGGAUGGCUCUGUAUGAUGUGAGACGAAGCUUGGGGUGGCUGAUGCAGCAUGGACUUGGUGACCCCUGGACCUUGCAAUAUUGCCAAGGGGCCCGGCGGCUAGGCAAAGCACAACCGUGCUAUCGUGAGGUUGGCAAGGGGUGGAGUGGUACCUGCAGUAUAAUAUUCCAUCUUUCAACAAAAAUGUACAUUGACCUUUCCGAAACAUUUUGA